AGGGUCCUCAGUAGGAGCUCUUCCCCUCGCCUUUGAGCUCAGCACUUCUGCUCCCUCUACUUCCCCUAUUUCCCCCAUAAGGACUCUCUUUCUCUGUUCCCUUAGUUCUUCUUUCUUCUCAGAGAAUCAGAAGCAGUAAGAGAAGAGUCAGCGUACUGCCCCUUGUACUGCCUCCCCAGGUUCCAGACUGAGGAGGCAUGAGGUGAGGUGUCCUUACCCCCUAAAUGCCUGAAGAGGUCCAGAAUGGCCAGAGAAGCCCCACUGCUGCUGUUCCUGAUGUCACUGGGAAUCUCAGGCUCCCAGGAAACAAGAAGUUUGGAUGAGAACUACUUAAGAAAAGAAGGGCAGAUGUUGAAUGUAAGCUGCUCGUAUCCUCUCAAGGACCAUGAGAAGUCUUGGAAAGUUUGGUGUAAACUACAAGAGAAUAGAAAGGAUUGUAACAAAUUAGUGGUCAUAACAAAAUUCUGGGUUUUCACCAAAGAAGGUAAAUUCUCCCUUCAAUUAAUUGAUGAGUCUAAGUCUGGCCACAUCAUCAUCAUAAUGUCAGGACUCAGGGAAAAGGACUCAGGACAUUACUGGUGCAUGACCAUCAAGAAAAACAAUGCCAUUAUCCUCAAGAGAAUCCACCUGGUAGUGUCUCCAGCCCAGAACACCACCAAAGAGAUUUGGACUACUUCAGGAGUCCCUUCCAACACUCCAGCCACCUGCAGUUUCUUAGAAAAGGAGAAAUUCCUCAUUUUGGGUGUGGUCCUGACCUUCCUGCUCCUAUUAGGGGUCCUUAUUACAGGAACUGUGUACAUCAAGAAACUCCACCAGAAAGUCAAGAAAGGUGAUGAUUUCCAUCAAAUGAGCAAUGACUUUGAGAACAAGAGGCAAAAAUCUAGGGGCAUCACCAAGGAGAUGGACUAUGAAGAAGGUCCUGGGGACAUCCAUUAUGCCUCAGUGACCUACAUUGGCCCCAGAGAACCGAUGUGCACAAACACACAGAAGGCAUCCAGCUCGAAGACUAUGCAAAUGCCCUUUGAGUCUGUGGAAUAUGCCAGCAUCACAAGGGCUGAACAUCAGCAUCCCAAAUCAACAGCCAUAUAUGAGUCAAUGGGCAAGGAGAGUUAGUCAUCUGUAGGUGCUUAAUAAAUACAUGUUGAUUGCUAA